AUGCUUGGUCGUGGCGAAUUUUUGCGUCUGUUAUUUGCAGAACUUAACGUUCCGUACAAUGAAGUCAUGCAAGGAAAAUCGUUUCAAGAUGGUUAUGGUAUUCAACAAGAGAUGAAAAAGUCUCACACUUUCUUUGCCAUACCAGCUAUUGAACAUGGUGAUAUCUUCUUAUGGCAAACACCCGUUAUGGCUCGAUAUAUCGCUCUUCAAUGUGACGAAGGUCGUCUGAUGCCUAAAAAUGAAAAAGAUGAUUUGUAUGCACAAGCACUCAUGGCCACGUUGGUGGAUGUCGUAGGUGAAGGACAUGAUGCAUGGCAUUCACCGGAUCAUAAUGCAAGUUAUGAAAGCCAGAAGGAAUCUAGUGCACUGCCCAUUAAAAUUUUCAUCGAGAAACGUUUACCAAAAUUUUUUGAUUUUUUUGAAAAUUCAUUGAAAAAAAAUGGUAAUCAGUUCUUUGUUGGCCAGUCACUUAGCUAUGUGGAUGUGUGCAUGUUUCACUGGUUAGAUGGUAUCGAAUAUCAGUUACCAGAAGUGUAUCAACAAGCAAAUAUUCCUACGUUAAGAGAAUUCAAGAAACGAAUUGCACAACGACCGAAUAUCGCCAAACGGCUAGAAACACGAACAGAAAAAUACGAUGGUACUGGACCAAUAUUUUAA